AUGAGAGUGUUCCGUACCAGAAAAAAGUUACCAUCAUCAAGACAUUGUUUAAACACAGCAUGCAGAGCGAGUCCAGCACCCCGCACAGUCAGUCACAGCUGUUACACCUGCCAUAAUCAGGCGCUGCACGAGUCAUGUAACCAUACACAAAUCUGCUCGCCCAAACAGGGUGUGUGUAUAACACAAGUGUCUUUCACGGAGGAUGAUACAUGGGUAACGCGAGCAUGUGCAAGGGUUACGUUAUGUGCGAACUCUGAGGAGAACAAUGCUGACGAAUGUUACUGGGAGGACCCACUGUCCUAUGGCUUUGAGGGAAAAUGCUCGUUUUGUUGCAGUGGGGACGAUUGUAACUAUAACCACCUUCCAGACAAUCUAGCUGCGAAGCUAUCCGAUGACGACAACGAAAACGGUGGACCAAAACCAGGCGGAACAACAAGACCAAAACCAGGUGUUCCCAAACCAGGUGGAAAUACUGGGCCAAAACCAGGUGGACCAAAACCAGGCGGAACUACAAGGCCAAAACCGGGCGGCACAACGAAACCUAAACCUGGUGGUCCCAAACCGGGUGGAAAUACUGGGCCAAAACCAGGUGGACCAAAACCAGGCGGAACAACAAGACCAAAACCAGGUGGUCCCAAACCGGGUGGAAAUACUGGGCCAAAACCAGGUGGACCAAAACCAGGCGGAACAACAAGACCAAAACCGGGCGGUACAACGAAACCAAAACCUGGUGGUCCCAAACCAGGUGGAAAUACAAGGCCAAAACCCGGCGGUACAACAAAACCAAAGCAAACACGACCACCUGCAACAAACCCACCCCGUACAAGACCAGCACAGACACAACCACCAGCAACAAACCCACCCCGUACAAGACCAGCACAGACACAACCACCACAAACAAAUCCUCCCCGUACUAGACCAGCACAAACUAACCCACCUCGUACUCAACCAGCACAAACACAACCACCACAAACAAAUCCUCCACAAACAAACCCACCAAAAACAAAUGCUCCAACUAUGCCUCCUUCUGGUGGCGGAAGUUCUUCCGGUGGCGCUUCUCACGGCGGAAAUUCCGGACAUCAUCAUGGCGGUAGUCCCAGUGGCGGGAAUCAUGGUCAAGGCUCUUCUUGCCAUUCUCAUGGUGGACAAGGGUGCUGUAUGAACCACGUAGACGCGUCAUAUGAUAUUGAUGUAAAGAUACAUAUCGGCAGAAAUCAGUUUGGUGGAAAAUUUUCUGGUGGCAGUUCGCAUGGUCAUGGCAACGGAAAACAACAAAAUCAGAACAACUCCUCUGCAACAAUCAAACCAGUAGCACUAUCCACAGUUGUUCCAGUGACUGCAACAAGUACUCCAGUAAAAACUUCCGCUCCUACUUCUAGUACCCUUGUUCCCACAACACCUACCUCAACUAGCACUAGUGUUCCCACAACACCUACCACAACUAGCACUAGUGUUCCCACAACGCCUACCACCACACUCCCACCGGUGAGCGCAACCUCUGUACCAAACAGCAAUGUCACCCCAAAGAAAUUGACUGUACAGCAAACAACUCAGCAGCCUACUACUACUAAACCUACUACCCCUACCCCAACAAGCACAACGACGAGCUCUACAACCAUGUCUCCAACAAGUGCCACCACUACAGCUGCCGGUUCGACUAGUAAACCGAAAUUUACCCUCGCACCAACCACUCAACCACCAACCACAAAACAACCUACCACACCAACACCAACGACAACAAGUACGACAACAUCAACAACAACGCCAACCACUACUAGUACUACGACCCCAACAACAACUACAACGAGUACGACCACGACAACACCGAGUACAAGUACCAAACCAACGACGACACCAGUCAGUACAGUACCUACGACAACUGAUCCACCAUAUAUAUGUUACGUCUGUAAGGACCCUCAAUGUACUAAGCAAGUGUUGAACGUAUGCGCCAAAGAUUCUGAAUUCUGUAUGACCACAGUUACUCAGCUGGCUGAUGGAACUAGAGUUUUCAAUAAAGGAUGUGUGAAGGAGAACGAGUGUGAAGCGGAGUGGUGGCAGAAAACAGCCGGAAGUUCCGAGUGUAUGUCUAAUAUAAUAGACGAUAGUCCAUCUGGUCCGCCUAACAUGCCAAUGAAGUGUAGUUAUUGCUGUAAAGACUCUCUGUGCAAUGAAUAUGUUAAACCUAAAACUUCAGCAUCUUACUAUAUCGGCAAAGCUCUUCCAAAAAUCUCCGGUCGGUAGAGGACACCUGUCAUAUUUAUACGUUAUAAACAGAAAUUUCAUAACUUGCACAUUUUAGUUUAUCAUAAAACUGUGUUACCAUUCUACAGACAUUAGACCGUGCUACCAUUUUUCAGCAAGUUUUAACUGUUAAAAAAGUUUUAAUCUUGCAACUACUCCAAUGAAACAUUUCGCAAAUGCAGCUUUUCUCUGCAGAAACUUAGCAAAAUAGAUGCACUAAAAAGCGUCUUUAUUCCGGACCCGGAACACUGAUUCCUUUGUGUCCGCAAUUUCAUAAAAAAAUCUUUAUGUCACAUAUUGAUAGUUUUCUACGCCGUCAGGUCAUUUCGUAUUUCAAACUGUACAAACAAGUCGGACUCAAUUAUUCAAAUGACCUGUAUUUGAAAAAUAAAACAUAAAAAACUUGGCAGAUGCUAUUUUUGGCGCGCCACAUAGUAGCUAAAAUGCACUCAGGUCAAGGGUGUUUUUUUAAUAAUAUAUCCGCAACAUGGGACAUAGGAGUUGUUAUAUGUAAUCAACAUUGGUAUUAUAUGCGAUUGCGACAGAAAACAGAGUAAAAGUUAUUACUUGCCACUCUA